UGCAAGUUAGCGUCUUAGCGAUGCAUAACGCCACCAGACAUGGAAGUGAGAGGUUGGUUGUUGGUCUCGGUCUGCGCAUCUAUUUUCCUUGCCGUAGCAGGGGACUCCAGGAAUCAUGCUAAGGUCGAGGUGACGGUUUACUUCGAGACUCUGUGUCCCGACUCAAAGAUGUUUUUCCGCAGUCAGCUUCUGCCCACCUACACGGACCUCAAAGACAUCCUUGACGUCAAUUUUGUGCCCUUCGGAAAAGCACUGGCCCGCCCUCGCCUCCGUGAGGGCCGCGUGUCGUUCGAGUUCCAGUGCCAGCACGGCCAGCGUGAGUGUCAGGGCAACCGCGUGAUGAGCUGCGCGCAGAGCGUCUUGUCCAAGGAGGACCAAAUGCGCCUCUUCUCCUGCAUGAUGGCCAAGAGAGAUCCAGCAGCCGCUGGAAGAGAGUGCACGCAGGCGCUCGACAUGGAGUGGGAUCCCAUAGAGCGAUGCGCUGGGAGGAAGCUGGGGGCGGUCCUGCUCUACAUGAACGGCCGCAAGACUGCCGUGCUGCGACCAAAGCUGAACUUUGUGCCCACCGUCACCAUCAACGGGGAAUAUACAAGAGAUAAUCUACAAAAUCGCUUGGAGUCAUUAAAAGAAGCGGUGUGUGAGGCAUACACCGGAGACCACCCCAAGUGUGUGAACUUCGUUUAGCGGACCAACACGUCGCGAGUGGAGAUAUUUUGCUUCAAAAUACCAAGACUCUUCGCCGUCGUAUUUAUUCUGUUGUUUAUCACACGAUAACCCAGAGAGAACCUCAAUUUAAAAUUUUGAUUUGUUUGAAUUACGGAAAUAGAAAUUGCCAUUUCAUACUUAAGGUUUCGACAGGGAUGGUAGAGCUAUCCUAUAGCUUUAGCAGUCAUGUCUCGAUAUACAUGCGCAUCGCGAACACCGGGCAUUAAACACUGUAGAGUUAUAUCGACAGUUCCAGGCUAUUAUAAACUAAUUGAGCAGAGUUCAUUAUGAACGUUGGUCUCGAUUCUCUCUUACGUAAAUUUAAGCUACCAAUAACCGAUUCACUAACACUGUGGAAAUCGUACUUGAACCCUACACAAUAAUGGUAGUUCAUCUCACUUCUUUGAACUGCGAUACUGUGCACAGAGCAGAAAAUGUUCCCUCCUAAAAUAAUUGGAAAUUUCUUGCCAAAUAUCCUAACAGGGAAGUAUAAAAAGCUUAAGAAUUAAUUUAAAAAAAAAAACACAUUGUCAACCGUUUCAACAUUAUUCAUAUGGUUGGGGCUGGUAAGUCGAGUUUCCUCAAUAGACUAAAGAUUGAAGUGAAAGCAGGCUACAUGUUCAUCCUUCUAGGCAAGAUGAAUUGCAACACUUCUGAAGAAUGAGCUGCAAUAAAGAUAUUAAGAAAUAUAGAAUGAUAA